AUGGCACUGCCCGCUGUCCCCAAUGGCAAGCUAGACCCCAAUUACAUCGCCAGACAUCUCAGAGAGGCAUUCUCCUGCGUCAUACCCGAUUUAGAAGGUUUCCUGCACCCUGUCCCGCCCCCUAACAAUGACAAGCACCCUAUUCAAUGUCCCCGAGCAUUGUUUGUCUGGCUGUUACAAGUGAAGGUGUUGCAUCUGCGCAAGUCUCUCUAUGGCUUGAAGCAAGCUGCUCAUCAAUGGAACAAGAAGUUACAUGCUGCUCUUGUUGAAAUGGGUUUCAAACGCAUUGAGGCUGACUGCUCUGUCUACAUUUACUCCAAUGGAGUGGUCAAAAUCAUUGUCCCCAUUUAUGUUGAUGAUAUCACUUUUGCUUCCAAGUCCAAUGUUGCCAUUGACAAGGCUGUGAAGGACCUCUGUACACAUUUCAAAUGCUGUGAUUUGGGAUCCACCAAGUUCUUGCUGGGUGUUGGGAUUGGUCAGGACAAGGACAAGAAACUCAUCACACUCCAUCAGCACUCCUAUGGCACCUGGUACUGUCUUAUCCAAGGCAAUGGGUCCUGA